CCGUAGCGGGGCGUGGCUCUGCGGAGCGGAGAGGCGGCCAUGGCGGCGGGGAGCGCCAUCCAGAUCCCCAGCCGGCUGCCGCUGCUGCUCACCCAUGAAGGCGUCCUGCUGCCCGGCUCGACCAUGCGGACGAGCGUGGACUCGCCGCGCAACAUGCAGCUGGUGCGCAGCCGGCUGCUGAAGGGCACCUCGCUGCGCAGCACCAUCAUUGGCGUCAUCCCCAACACCAGCGACCCCACGUCCGACAGUGACGACCUGCCCUCGCUGCACAGGAUUGGCACUGCUGCUUUGGCAGUUCAGGUGGUUGGUAGCAACUGGCCCAAGCCACAUUAUACACUGCUGGUUACGGGCCUCUGCCGGUUCCAGAUCCUGCAGCUGCUGAAGGAGAAGCCGUACCCUAUUGCAGAAGUUGAGCAAUUGGAUCGACUCGAGCAGUUUACAAAUCAGCAUAAGUCUGAGGAGGAACUUGGAGAGUUGUCAGAACAGUUCUACAAAUAUGCUGUGCAGUUGGUUGAGAUGCUGGAUAUGUCUGUUCCUGCAGUUGCAAAGCUGAGACGUCUUCUGGACAAUCUGCCUAGAGAAGCUUUGCCAGAUAUACUGACUUCAAUCAUUCGUACGUCCAACCAAGAGAAGCUUCAGAUCCUAGAUGCUGUUAGGCUGGAGGAAAGGUUCAAGAUGACUAUACCAUUGCUUGUUAGACAAAUUGAAGGACUGAAGCUUCUUCAGAAAACAAGAAAGCACAAACAGGAUGAUGAUAAAAGGGUUGUAGCUAUUCGUCCGAAUAGAAGAAUCAAUCAUAUUCCAAGCACUGCAGAAGAUGAGGAGGAGGAGGAAGAUCACGAUGAUGUUGUCAUCCUUGAAAAAAAGAUUAGAACUUCCAGUAUGUCAGAACAAGCUCUUAAAGUUUGUCUUAAGGAAAUAAAGAGAUUAAAGAAGAUGCCUCAGUCGAUGCCAGAAUAUGCUUUAACACGAAAUUACUUGGAGCUUAUGGUAGAAUUGCCAUGGAACAAGAGUACGAAAGAUCGCCUUGAAAUUCGUGCAGCUCGAAUUCUUCUGGAUAAUGAUCAUUAUGCUAUGGAAAAGUUGAAGAAAAGAGUUUUGGAGUACUUAGCUGUCAGGCAGCUAAAAAACAACCUCAAGGGACCCAUUCUUUGUUUUGUGGGACCCCCAGGAGUUGGCAAAACCAGUGUGGGAAGAUCAAUUGCAAAGACUUUGGGUCGAGAAUUCCACAGAAUUGCUUUAGGAGGUGUCUGUGAUCAAUCUGAUAUCCGAGGCCAUAGGCGCACCUACGUUGGCAGCAUGCCUGGCAGAAUAAUCAAUGGACUGAAGACUGUUGGGGUUAAUAAUCCGGUGUUCCUUUUAGAUGAGGUUGAUAAGCUGGGGAAGAGCUUGCAGGGAGAUCCUGCAGCAGCCUUACUAGAGGUCCUGGAUCCCGAGCAAAACCACAGUUUCACUGAUCACUACUUAAAUGUAGCCUUUGAUCUGUCCCAAGUCCUUUUCAUAGCUACAGCCAAUACUACAGCAACUAUCCCACCUGCUCUGCUCGACAGGAUGGAAGUCAUUCAGGUUCCAGGAUAUACACAAGAAGAAAAAAUUGAAAUUGCUCAUAGACACUUGAUUCCUAAACAGCUUGAACAACAUGGCCUUACUCCGCAGCAGAUACAGAUUCCACAAGUAACCACUUUAGACAUAAUUACAAGGUACACUAGAGAGGCAGGAGUCCGCUCUCUGGAUCGAAAGCUGGGGGCUAUUUGCAGAGCAGUGGCAGUGAAAGUGGCAGAAGGGCAGCACAAAGAAACGAAGCCUGAUCGUUCUGAACUGGGUGAAGGAGAAGACUGCAAAGAACAUGUCACAGAAGACGCAAAAUCAGAAUCCAUCAGUGACACGGCUGACCUGGCUCUGCCACCUGAAAUGCCAAUUUUAAUUGAUUUCCAUGCUUUAAAAGACAUCCUGGGGCCACCCAUGUACGAAAUGGAGGUAUCAGAACGCUUAAGUCAACCCGGAGUUGCCAUAGGCCUGGCCUGGACUCCGCUGGGAGGCGAGAUCAUGUUUGUGGAAGCCAGCCGAAUGGAUGGGGAAGGGCAGCUCACUUUGACUGGUCAGCUGGGAGAUGUCAUGAAGGAGUCAGCACAUCUUGCAAUCAGCUGGUUGCGCAGCAAUGCAAAGAGAUACCAGCUCACUAAUGCUUCUGGAAGUUUUGAUCUCCUUGACAACACUGACAUCCAUCUGCACUUCCCAGCUGGAGCUGUCACAAAAGACGGACCAUCUGCUGGUGUUACCAUAGUAACCUGCCUUGCUUCCCUCUUCAGUGGGCGGCUGGUGUGCUCAGAUGUAGCCAUGACAGGAGAAAUUACACUAAGAGGCCUUGUUCUUCCAGUUGGAGGAAUUAAAGACAAAGUGCUGGCAGCGCACCGAGCUGGACUGAAGAGAAUUAUCAUUCCUCAAAGAAACGAAAAAGAUCUUGAAGAAAUUGCACUGAAUGUACGGCAAGAUCUGACUUUUGUUAUGGCAAGCUGUCUGGAUGAAGUUCUUAAUGCAGCUUUUGACGGAGGAUUUUCAGUUAAGCCCAGAGUUGAGCGUUUGAAUAGUAAACUUUAAGUUGACAGGCUGAGAUUACUUCUAUAUCAAAUUUUAAUAGAGAAUAGUAACUAUCAACUAGAUAUGUAUAUCUAAUAUAAAUAUGAGCUAAGACUGAUAGUUUAAAACUGAGUGUAAAUGCAAUCAAAAUAAAAAUAGUGCUUUAGCAGUUAACAACCCAGACCCAUAUUUGCUGGGUAUGCUGCCUUUUACUACUGCCAGCAAAGAGUCUUAAAAAAAAUACUUUUUUCCUGAUAGUGAGAUUCAAGCAUGAGUAACCUAAUGCUAUUGAGAAACAAUUCCUUACCUUAUCUGGUAUGUAGUUAUAUCAGUGUCAACAGCUGAUGACAUCCGCAAAGACUUCAGGCCCACAGACAGAGAAUGGUACACAAUUUGUGUGUUCAGAGAACACAAACUGCAGCAAACACAGCACAGAACAGCAAGAGGGGUAAUUAAUAAUGGGGACGUUAAUCAAAAGCAAACUGAUUUGGUGCACAGGUGUUUUCUUUUUAGUAAGUAACAUUGAGGCAAUCUGUUAAGGAGGGGUGGCAUCAGAAAAAUCAAGAUUUUGGAAUUAGUAAGGAAAUGCAUAGAAGAUUUAAGGAUAACAGAAGCAAUAGUUCUAGUUUGUAGCAGUGUUGAUGUAGGCAUCAUUUUUUCAAACCUGAAUUAAUUACAGGAAUACACUCAUUUUUGCCUAGGAAGGGUAAUAAUGCAUUAAUGUUGAUGUGUGCAAAGUUGUACUUACAGCCCUGGAAGUAGGUGGCACAUACUCUGAAGACUCAUAGAAAAGACUGAGCCUGGUAACACGUGGGAGGGGCAAAGUACUCCUUAAUUCCUACGUGAUACAAAAGUAGGAACACUGCUGAUUCUAGGAUACUUAUGUUUAGUGUUUAGACUCCAAACGCUACAUCCAUUUAAACAAUACCAAUAAAACUACUGGAUAAUUAAAUUUUAUUAGGUAGUGCACACUAAUAAUGUAAGAUUUGAGAAAGUGUUUAUAUCCCCUCUGAGUCAGUAGCUUUGUCUCUUCAGUGUUUAACACAGGAAUUUAACUUUAUGGAAUCUGCAGUUCUGAGUUUUUCAUUGUUUUGUAUGAGGGUAAGCCACAAGAGAAAACCUACUCUCUAGUAUUCUGUUCUUGUCUCUUGCUUCUGUUCUUGUUAAUUCUGAAAUGACUGAAGUAUCCUUAUGAAAACGCAAAUUGUAUCAGUGACAGAAGAAUCCUUUGUUUGGCUUUAAUUUCAAUUGGUAAAAAGAAAGCUGAUUUACGUGGAAUAUAACGGUAAUUAUAUUAAUAAAUUCAAUGGGUAUUUUUUCACUAGGUUAUAAAAACUUUCACAGAAGACUUAAUCUAAUAAAAUGAUUUUUAAAAAAAGCAACACUUUUUGCUUUACUAUCUUAAGAAUUACACACUUCAGUUAUUCAGUACCUAAGUUCCACAGUUAAGAGACAACAGGCCCUAUUUUUCUGCCUUAAAAAUUACUUGAAUGUAACAAGUGUGAAAUAACUGGACAAUCAGUAAAACAGCAGAAAGGAACGAUAACUAAUAUGCUGCUUUGCCUCUAAUGAGGACUAGUAAGGGGAAAAUAAUAUUUUCUUUACUCAACUUGAUGCAGAUCAAAUGAGUCCUGUACUACUUAGCACUAGUAAGAGAACAGACAUGCAUGGAAAGCAAAUACUGUUGUUCUUUUUUUUUUUUAAUAAUAAGCUUCUACAGCAAUUUCAGAAGAACAAGGAGUUGCUCUGAAGAAAGAUAAGCAAUAAGUUUCUGCCACAUUGCUCCAACUCAUGUCUUGUCCACAUGGACUUUAUCUGAAAGGUGAGAGCUUUAAUGCCAUUCUAGAAUAUCUUUAGUCUGAGUAGCUUUUCAAUUUCCCACUUCAGAGCUGAUGUGUAUUACUUAAAAGAUUUUUUUUUUUAAUUCAAACAGAAGUAUUAUCCAUUAUAACAGAUAUUAUAGUUUAAAUGUUCUUGGCUUUUGCUGAGCGCUCUUGAGCAUAGCCGUCUGUGCAGCAGCAAGCCAAAGUAAUAAAGAUCUUUAAAAGUAAAGUAAUUUCAGUACACUAGAGGUUAUCCUGCAUUGCAACUGACAGUUAAACAGACGUGAUAAAGAUGAGGGUGUCUUGAGACUAUACUGUAAAAUAACUAGCUUUAUCCAGAGCUAAAAAGCAGCACUGGUAGCUCCUUUCCUCUGUCCACAGUCCACACUGUAAACUGCUACAGAUAAAACUGUCUCACUAAUGCAAUUCAUGCUUUUAAUCACAGUAGCUUUGAAAACAUACUAGAUAAUACAAUGGCAUAGGUAGCAAUACAAAACAGUCUGCUUAAUCCAUUUCAGUUUUAAAGCAAUACUGCAAAUGCGAACUAAUGAGAAAUACCAAAUAUUAACAUCCAUAUUUGUCAGACAUUUUACUUUUAAGGCUUUCUUUUUUUCCCCCCUGAAGGCAAUGAAAAACAACAGAGGUAGUACUAGGGAAGAAUGCAAGAUCUACUGCAUUUCAUUUAAUCAAGACAAAUGUGAGUACUAUUUCUCCAUACAGAAAGUACUUUCUAAAAUAAACAGCUAAUGCUAAAACACUGCCAGGCUUUAAUACACCAUUUAUUUUAGAUUAGGUAGUAAACUGUACAGAUUGUUACGAUGUUUUCAUUUUUCAUAUAUGGACCAUGGUUUUAUUUACCAGAUCCUCAAACUACUAAGAGGAGAGAUCCACUGACUUACGCUUCCACUACUUUUGAACAUCUAGGCCUAAGUGUAAUUCGUUUAAUCAUUCCAUCAGAUGAUGGACAUCAAAUUUUUAUACAGGUUGUUUUUUGUGUUUUAAACCAAAUGAACACUAGUUUAAAGGAAGUCAGUACACAUUAUUUAUGCUAGAGCAUUUGUCAUUUGUAAAGCAUGACUAAAAAAGUCUGUUACAAGCACAAUUUUUAGUCCCCUUCAGAAGUAUAUUCUUGAUUUCCAGCCUAAUAAAAGUCACCAUAGAACAGUGCAAGAAGGCUCAAAGUUCUUUUGGGCAACACAACACGAGUACAAGCAGCAGCAAUCUCGCUAACUCAUGCACUUACACAGCCCUGUGAUGCUCAAGUUGCAAGUACCAGACUGCUCAGGGUGACCCGAGCAGGCUCUUAGCUAGAUUUCCUUUCAAAACCUGAGCUCAAAAGCAGAUAACAUGAGCACAUGACCUUCACUCCAAGCCAGCCAAUGGGGGGAAGUGGGUCUAUGCCUAUAAAAAUAAUUUGCAUAUUUAGCCAAGUUUCUGUCAGUAGACCAAAAGACAAAACUCAGGUAAAUGUAGGCACACUUAAUCAGGUGAGUACUGAAUUCUGAAGACUGCACUCAGUUUGUUGUGUACUUGUAAGGAAAUGCUAGACUGAAGGAUUAGCUCCUUCUGAAACAUUUAUGUAUUGCCACAGGAUACCCAUACAUCUCAUACAUUAAAUCUGUGCACAGUUCCAACAUAUAAGUAAUACUAAUAAGUAAAACUUUCCUUCGUAUUACGACACCGACUGCUUCUGUAUUAUUUGAUGAAUCCAACUUCCAACUUGGUAGGCUUUAUGUUCCUUACCUGUAGAAUUACUUACCUCAUCAUGCAUCAAAAUAAUAUGAACAAGAGUUGUCUUAAUAGAUCUAUUUCUGAUAAGAAAGUUAAAGACAGUGCACAGUAAAUAAACCGUAUUUUAAUGUGUUACAAAAGGAAUUAAUAGUCAGGCUACCUCUCCCAACAGAUGUCCAGUACUACUAGGUUUGACAAAGACUUCCUUUAAAUAGCUUGAGAUCAAACAGCUUUUCACGUUAUCCUUUUUUCUUUCUUUGCAUCUGUUUUGUAACACAAAUACCAUAUACAUUCAUGGUUAAUUUUUUUCACAUAGAGGCAGUCUGCACAAAGCCCAUAUCUUACAAAAGCUGUUACGGCUGGUGAAUCAUAUCUGUAAGAGAUUACUUGCAUUUGACUGUGUAUCAUAUCGCCAAAAUAAUAUACAAAAAUCAGUUCAAGAAAAUUACUUCAGUAACAACCGAGAGACAGGACAAGAAAGUGAGCAAGAGUAGUAGUGUGUCAAACUUUGAGCUAAAGCACAAAGCAAAAAAAUUGUUUUUAAAUUUGUCAGGUAUUCUCUUAAUGAGAAAUGUAAAAAGACUGAAAACAUCUCA